AAUUUUGUAUUGAAAUCCAAGCCCCUCCUUAUCACAAACACAAACACAAACACAGAGAGUGCCCCUAUCUCUACUCCCAUGGCAUCUCUCAAUAUUCCUCCUUUCUCCAAAACCCUACACCCUAACUCUCAAUUCCAAAACCUCCCUAAAACCCCUACUUUUCUCCUCUCGCUUUCCUCCUGCCCUUUUGUCAGCACCUCUCUCUCUUCAAUUCCACUCGGAAAAAUUUCAAGACUCCCAGUUGUAAGAGCCAUUUCUGAUGGGGAAUACUCUUCUAAGAGGAGCAGUAGCGGUGAGGAAAGGGAGACUAUUAUGUUACCUGGCUGUGACUAUAACCAUUGGCUUAUUGUCAUGGAGUUCCCUAAGGAUCCUGCUCCCACUAGAGAACAGAUGAUUGACACUUAUCUCAACACCCUUGCCACUGUUCUUGGCAGUAUGGAAGAGGCAAAGAAGAACAUGUAUGCCUUUAGUACUACCACUUACACUGGGUUUCAAUGCACUGUAUCGGAAGAAACAUCAGAAAAGUUUAAGGGUCUACCUGGAGUUCUUUGGGUCCUGCCUGAUUCUUACAUAGAUGUGAAGAACAAGGACUAUGGAGGAGAUAAGUACAUCAAUGGAGAGAUAAUUCCUUGCCAGUAUCCUACUUACCAACCCAAGCAGAAUAACCGGACUAGAAGCAAGAGUAAAGCAUAUGUAAGAAGAAGAGAUGGUCCUCCUCCUGAACGAACUAAACAAGAAGCAGCUCCUGAAUCUUCCUCCUAAAACCGUAAUGGGUUGUUAUCUGAUUUUGGAGUCGAAUUGCCAUUAGGAAGUUGCCAAUAUAUCAUUCAUAGCCUCGUAUUGGUGGGCAUUUUCACAAAGAUAAGUUGGUGCGAAAAGGUUAGAUGGGAAUACACUGCUAGUCUAGGAGUUUGGUCGACUGCACCUAUUGUUUUAUCUUUCCUUUAGACUAGCUUUCAUUAUCAAGAAUGAGAGCGGAAGCUGUGUCGGUAUGUAACUUUGAUUCUGACCAGGUUAUUCUAUGUUCAAAGAUCGAAUGUAUAUGUGAUGACUCAUUAUGCUUUCUGUUCGUUCAUA